CAGCCAUGGGCAAGCACAGCAGCAAGCUGGCCCCGGAGAUGCUGGAUGACUUGGUGAGGAGCACAGAGUUCAGCGAGCAGGAACUGAAGCAGUGGUACAAGGGCUUCCUCAAGGACUGUCCCACCGGCAUCCUCAACUUGGAGGAAUUCCAGCAGCUCUACAUCAAGUUCUUCCCCUAUGGAGACGCCUCCAAGUUUGCCCAGCACGCCUUCCGCACCUUCGACAAGAACGGUGAUGGGACCAUCGACUUCAGGGAGUUCAUCUGUGCCCUGUCUGUCACCUCCAGGGGCACCUUUGAGCAGAAACUCAACUGGGCCUUUGAGAUGUAUGACUUGGAUGGGGAUGGGAAGAUCACGCGCUUGGAGAUGCUGGAGAUCAUCGAGGCCAUAUACAAGAUGGUGGGGACCGUGAUCAUGAUGAGGAUGAACCAAGAUGGGUUGACACCCCAGCAACGUGUUGACAAGAUCUUCACAAAGAUGGACAAGGACAAGGACGACCAGAUCUCCCUGGAGGAGUUCAAGGAGGCAGCGAAGAGUGAUCCUUCCAUCGUCCUCCUCCUGCAGUGCGACAUGCAGAAAUAGAGCCCUGGGGGCUCAUCGCUGGACUGGCUGCAGCCAACCUCGGCUCCCUGUGGUGGUUUCCAUCCCCAUUUUCUGCUGAGUCCCCUCCAUGCCCGCUUGGCCCCAGGCAUGAGCCAUGCUCCAUCCCUCCUGCCACCCACCUGCCUCUGCUCCAGCUGUGUCCUGGGCAGCCCAC